GAUCCCCAUGUGCAGUCCCAGCAAAUGUCCAACAGCAGCUCCAUCAGGCACUUCCUGCUGCUGGCAUUGGCAGACACGCGGCAGCUGCAGCUCCUGCACUUCUGCCUCUUGCUGGGCAUCUCCCUGGCUGCCCUGCUGGGCAACGGCCUCAUCAUCAGCGCCGUAGCCUGCGGCCACCACCUGCACACGCCCAUGUUCUUCUUCCUGCUCAACCUGGCCCUCGCUGACCUGGGCUCCAUCUGCACCACUGUCCCCAAAGCCAUGCACAAUUCCCUCUGGGACACCAGGAAUAUCUCCUACACUGGAUGUGCUGCUCAGCUCUUUUUCUUUAUGUUCUUCAUCUCAGCAGAAUUUUAUCUCCUGACUGUGAUGUGCUACGACCGCUACGUGUCCAUCUGCAAACCCCUGCACUAUGGGACCCUCCUGGGCAGCAGAGCUUGUGCCCACAUGGCAGCAGCUGCCUGGGCCAGUGCCUUUCUCUAUGCUCUCAUGCACACAGCCAAUACAUUUUCCCUGCCCCUGUGCCAUGGCAAUUCCCUUGGCCAGUUCUUCUGUGAAAUCCCACAGAUCCUCAAGCUCUCCUGCGCCAAAUCCCAACUCAGGGAACUGGGACUUCUUGCUUUUAGUGUGUCUUUGGUAUUUGUUUGUUUUGUGUUCAUUGUUUUCUCCUAUGUGCAGAUCUUUAGGGCUGUGCUGAGGAUCCCUUCUGAGAAGGGACGGCACAAAGCCUUUUCCACCUGCCUCCCUCACCUGGCUGUGGUCUCCCUGUUUGUCAGCACUGGUAUAUUUUACUACCUGAAACCCCCCUCCAUCUCGUCCCCAUCCCUGGAUCUGGCCCUGUCAGUUCUGUACUCAGUGGUGCCUCCUGCUUUGAACACUCUAAUUUUCUCAAAGAUCAACCAUGUAGCCGCCACCCACAGCGGCGCCGCGAAGCAUUGCGCGAGUGCCCAGACGGAGUGCCCGGACGUGCCCCGCCCGCCGGCGAACCUGCCCCGCAUCAAACCCCGACCGCCCCGGGCUUCUUUCGCCGCUCUGACCCACGGGAGCGGCAUCAAGGACGAAGAUACGUCAGCAGGCGGCAGCAUGGCGGUGACGGGCGCCAGCGGCAGGGAGAAGCCUCGGAAGGAGAGCCAGCCCGCUGGGGGCCCUCUCCGAUACCACCAGAAAAGCCACAUCGAUCAGGUGCGGCUCUGGGAAAGAGCCGCACGAACGGAGACCAGGGCCCCACGGCCACGGUCCUGGGACAACGGCAACGGCCACCCAGCCCAACUUUGGAUCAGAUUGCUCGCGGCAGCAGAGGAGCGCGUGGGGUGCCGCCACCUGCCCGCGGCCAACAACGGCUCCCCUUUUGGCUAG